AUGGGGGAUUCUUCUGAAAAUUCAAAAAGAGUUAAGCUUAGUGAUGGGAGAUUCUUAGCUUAUAGAGAAAGUGGAGUUCCAAAGGAGGAGGCAAAAUACAAGAUCAUUCUUGUUCAUGGCUUUGGAAGCUCUAAAGACAUGAAUUUCUCUGCCUCAAAAGAGCUAAUACAAGAGCUUGGUGUGUAUCUUCUAUUCUACGACCGUUCUGGAUAUGGAGAGUCAGAUUCAAAUGCAAAACGUUCACUGAAAAGCGAAGUUGAUGACAUAGUAGAACUUGCUGAUCAGUUGAAGAUAGGACCCAAGCUAUCUGGUGUGGCUUUUGUUGCUCCGGUUGUGAAUUACUGGUGGCCAUCGCUUCCUAAGAAUCUUAUAAAGGAAAAUUACAUGGGAGGUCUUAUCAGAUGGGGUUUAAGGAUAUCGAAACUUGCACCUGGACUGUUACAUUGGUUAGUUAUAUUUACACAAAAGGUCUUGCCAUCAACUAGUUCGGUUCUUGAGAGCAAGCAAGUCUACUUCAGUAGCCAUGACAUGGAGGUGCUCAAGAGAACCACUGGCUUUCCUAUGUUCACUAAGGAUAAGCUACGUCGAAGAGAUGUUUUCGAUACUCUAAGAGACGAUUUCGUGGCGUGUUUCGGACAAUGGGACUUCGAACCAGCAGAUCUAAGCAUAACUCAAGAGAGUAAUGUACACAUCUGGCAUGGGAAGGAAGACAAAGUUGUUCCGUUUCAACUUCAAAGAUGCGUGCUGCAGAAGCAACCUUUGAUCAACUACCACGAGAUCCCUCAAGGUGGACAUCUCAUCGUGCACUACGAUGGCACUUGCGAUGCGAUUCUACGUGCGCUGUUGCUUGAUGCAAGGAGGGCGGGUCUGAUCUUCCAUAAGAGGAUGGAGAUUUUCUUGGAAGUUUAA